AUGGCUUCCUCCACCAAUUCGCCGUUGGCGUUCCUGCGCAGUAAUCCGGUCUUUGCCAGUCUCUCAGAUCUUUACGAUGCCUUCCAAGAAAGGAGGCAAAAGUUGGGUCUCUCGAACCCCGGUCUCGUUGAGAACAUCGCCAAGGAGGUCCAGCGCGAUGUCCUCACCACCAACCUCAUGUUCUCCGGCCUGCGGGCUGAUCUCACGAAGGCCUUCAGCCUGAACCCCUUAUUCCAAGUGUCGCACCAGUUUGCGAUGGGUGAGAGGUUGAGCCCCUACACCUUCGCUGCCCUCUAUGGCACCAGCAAGAUGUUUGCCCAAGGUAACAUCGAUGACCAAGGCAACCUUUCGACUACUUUCAACUACAGAUGGACCCCUUCUUUCACCACCAAGACCCGCUUCCAGAUCACUCCUGGUGCUACCGGUCAAGAUAUGGCCCAGUUCGAACACGAAUACAGCGGCGCCGAUUUCACUGCAACUAUCAAGGCCCUUAACCCGUCUUUCCUUGAGGGUGGCUUGACCGGUAUCUUCGUUGGCCAGUAUCUUCAGUCCAUCACCCCUAAGCUCUCCCUCGGUCUUGAGGCCGUUUGGCAGCGCGCCGGCCUUACCCAGGGCCCUGAUACCGCUAUCUCGUACGUUGGUCGCUAUAAGACGGAGAACUGGAUUGCCAGCGCCCAGCUGCAGGCUCAGGGUGCUCUCAACGCUUCCUACUGGCAGCGUCUGGGUGAGAAGGUUCAGGCCGGUGUUGACAUGACCCUUUCCGUUAAUCCUGGCGCCGCCAUGAUGGGUGGCCCUACCAAGGAGGGCAUCACCACCUUCGGUGCCAAGUACGACUUCCGCAUGUCCACCUUCCGUGCUCAGAUCGAUACCAAGGGCAAGCUCAGUUGCGUGCUCGAGAAGCGCGUUGCUGCUCCUGUCAUGAUGACCUUCGCCGCUGAUGUGGAUCACUUCACGCAACAAGCCAAGGUCGGUGUUGGUAUCUCGAUCGAGGCUGGCGGUGAGGAGCUUCAGGACCAGCAGCCUGCGCCCAAUAUUCCUUUCUAA